AUGCUGCCUCUUCAGCCUUCUAGCACAGAUCCUUCACCUUCCAGUUAUAGACUUACACAAGAAUCUACAGUGAGCUGUAGGCCUUCAGCCUUGGACUGGAUUCUUUACAUCGCUAGCAUACAGACAGUCCCUUUGCAUUCUUUCACACCUGACUCUGUGGGUGGUCAUUACCUCUCAGCUCCCAUCCCAUGCUUGGCCAUCUCUGACCUACUGCACUUCCCACCACCCCUGUUUGCCAAUGUCAGUGUGUCUGCACCUCUCUGCUUCUAUCAUGAUCAGCAGCUCAGUCCGCACCAGAUACAGGCCCUGGAGGAUAGCUGGCCAGCGGCAGGUCUUGGGCCAGGGCAUGCCCGGCAUGUGCUUCGAAGCCUGGUAAACCAGAGUGUUGAGGAUGGUGAGGAGCAGGUCCGCAGGCUUGGGUCUCUUGCUUGUUUCCUGAGCCCUGAGGAGCUACAAAGCCUGGUGCCCUUGAGUGAUCCAAUGGGGCCAAUAGAACGGGGGCUGUUGGAAUGUGCGGCCAACAGGACCCUCAGCCCAGAAGGAGGGGUGGCAUAUGAACUUUUGGGGGUUUUGCGCUCAUCAGGAGGAUCUGUACUAAGCCCCCCAGAGCUGCGGGUCUGGGCGCCUCUCUUUCCCCAAUUGGGCCUCCGCUUCUUACAAGAGCUGUCAGAGCCUCAGCUUAGAGCUAUGCUUCCUGCUCUUCCGGGAACCACUGUCACACCUGCUCAGGCUGCCCUGCUGCUUGGACGGCUCCUCCCUAGGCACGAUCUGCUGCAACUGGACACUGCAGCUCUUCUGGCAAACCGGAGGCGCUACCGGGAGCUGCCCUGGUCUGAGCAGCAGUCACAGUUUCUCUGGAAGAAGAUGCAGGUGCCCGCCAACCUGACCCUCAGGAAUCUGCACUUUAGAUUUGGGGAUCAGCUCUCCACAGCUGAGUAUCCAUACCACAAGCCUGUACCAACUUGUGCAGACACCUGAGGGAUCCCAGCAGCCUGGUCUGCAACACAGAUUGCAGAGAUGGAGCUCUCAGACUUUGAGGACCGCCUGGCACUAUUUGCAGGAGAUCCAGGACUUGGGCCUGAGGAGCUACAGGCAGCCAUGGGAAAGGCAAAGAAGUUGUGGGGUCCCCCCCACACCCCAGGAUUUCGUCCUGAGCAGACUCUGCAGCUGCGCUGGCUCUUAAUAGGGCUAGGAGAGCGAGAGCUACAGGAGCUGAUCCUGGUGGACUGGGGGGUGCUGAGCACCCUGGGGCAGACACUAUGGGUUGUGGUCUCCAGUUUCCUACGGCAGAGUGAGUGGCAUGUCAGCCACCUGGACUUCAUUCACCUGACAGCACUGAGCUACACACUCAUAGGAAUUCUAAUAUAUCUAGAAUGA